CGCAAACAAUACAGUAUAAUUCUGGUUAGUCAGAGGUCGACGACGCAUAGUCCGAGUCAGUUUCACCGAGUCUGUUUCCAACCAGCCAUAUUCCCAUCCUCAGUCUUCAAGUACCAGCCGGGAAAAUAAGUCCAAUCUUGAAGUUGUCGAAGUGCAUAUUUAUCUUCAACUUCCCGUGAUGUGAUAUGGAAUCCAACUUUGAUUGGGGCGUUAUCGAUGGUUGCUGCCCAUUUGCAGUCCAUAUUAACAUAUUUUUUAAACACAGAAUCAUUUACAAUGGACAAAACUCCCUUCAAAGCGAUAAACAUCCAAAAAAAUGUCUGUGACAUUCGAACAUCCUUUGAAGGCUCUGUGCACGGGGGCAAUUAUGAAUUUGAGGAUUACCAUAGCAGGACCGUUUACAGCAAUAGUUAUGAUGGUGAUGAUGAGGUGUUUUUAGAAACUGAAGAAACAACUGAAACCAAUGUCAGGAUAAAACGGGAGCCGAGACCACGGCGCAUUUCAGAUGUCAUUGAUUCCAUCGGUGAUUGCAGCCCUUUGAAAGACUCUCACUUCACAUUCCCAGAUUUUAGUGAAGGAACAAGUGAUUACUCACAGAAUACCUUCACUACUUCAAGAUUUCAAUCUCCACCAGUCACUCCAGGUUCUGAUGUUGGCUACUACAGCACAGGAUUAUCGACACCGCCUUCAAUUCUGAAUUAUAAGAUGAUGUGGUCAAGGACAGAUACUCAUGUGUCAGAUGUUCAAAAGACAGAUGAACUGGAUGGGCCAAAUAGAGAUGACACUGAUGCUAAAGUAUCCGGCGUGUAUCCUAACAAGGUACAUAACCAUGCUGUAAGUGCUAAGAUGCCUGUACGACGAGAUAGCUGUGAAUACAACAUGAAUCAUCCACAUCGUGGUAGUGCUAUAAUCUUUAAUAAUGAAAAUUUCAAAAACAGCACGAUGCAACCACGCAAAGGAUCUGACAUUGAUGUGAGCAAACUUAACGAAAUGCUAAACAUUCUUGGCUUCCAAGUGACAAUUCAUGAUGAUCUUGGGUACAAUGAAAUACAAUCUGAGAUUGAUAAGCUUGUUGAACAGGAUUUUUCUCAAUGUGAUUGUCUACUUGUUGCUGUGCUAACACAUGGAAGAAUAAAUAACUAUUUACAUUCAAAAGACCAUCUCUAUCCUGUAGACAUGAUCUGGAAACCAUUUUCUUCCGAUAAUUGUCCUACCCUUGCAGGCAAACCAAAAAUUUUUUUAAUCCAGGCUUGCAAAGGGGACCAAACAGAUCCUGGUACACAAUUGAUAAGCUACAAUUCUACUGAAACUGAUUCUUCUGACUCUUACACCAUUCCAACAAUGGCUGAUUUUCUUAUUGCUUACAGUACUGUCGAAGGGUAUUUCUCCUGGCGUAAUCCAGAAAAUGGUACAUGGUUCAUUAGAUCUCUGUGUGAUGUGUUCAUCAAAAACUUCGAAACAAUGGAUCUACUCAAGAUGUUGACAAUAGUCGGACGUCGGGUUGCAAUUGAUUUUGAGUCGUACAAUGAUAUCAACCCGACUUACAGUGGCCUAAAGCAAGUCCCAAGCAUUUUCUCAACACUCAUUCGUGAUGUUUAUUUUAGGCCUAAAUCCAACUUAUGCUAAAAAUAUGUAAAAGCAUUCCAAGUAUUUU